AAAGACAAAUAUUGUAGAAAUGGCUCUUGUAGACUCUCCUUCACUGACUACGUCCUCCAGGCCGCUUAAAACAGGCUCUCUUCCUGCAGAAGCCUAUGUUCUAUCAUUGGCUUCAUUACCGUCUCAUUAUGCCGCAGCUGCUUCUUUCCCGAUCAAUACUAUUCAUCUCUUCGAUAAAGCAACCCUUAGAAAAGUCUUGGAACUACCGGGCCACCAUAAUUCGCUUUCAUGCUUGAAAUCAGUGAGAAACAUUGGCGGGUCAGGGCGUGAAGCACUGCUCUCUUGUGGCAAGGAUGGGAUCGUCAAGGUCUGGGAUGAACGAUCAGGGUCUGUCGCUUUGGAGAUGCAUGCAUAUCCGUCCAAUACAAGAAGAGCUUUGUUAUCUUGCGACCUUUCUGCCGAUGGGCUCACUCUCGCUGCCGGAACCGAUCUACAAGGCGAAGAUGCACUAUUGCUUUACUGGUACGGAUCUUCUCUGGCUGCACCAAGACGUAUGCAUUCAUGCACCCACUCAGACGAUAUCACAGCUGUACAUUUCCUCAAAAGCCAUGCUGGCAGGAGUUAUCCAAAUAUUCUACUCUCUGCAUCAACCGACGGCCUUCUUUGCACAUCAAAUCCUGACGAAGAUGAUGAGGAUGAGGCAGGCUUACACGUAGGCAACUGGGGUUGUAGUGUCGCUCAAGCAGGCUGGAUUUACGGAAAGACUGGAUCACCUGGCAUAUGGUCAUCGAGUGAUAUGGAAACCUUUGGUGUUUGGUCUUCUGAACUCGAUCGAAUACAGGAUGUUGACAUUCGUCAGCCUUCUCUGCACAGGCAAGACUUCACAUGGGUCACAGAUUACCUCAUAGGUUGCCACAAUACUACUAAUGUCCUGCCAGACCACGACAAUGAACUCGAUGUAUUCGUUGGGUCUAAUGAGGGCGACAUCGCAUUGCUGACGCGUUCAGAUUUUUCGGAUCCCCAGUCUCCUUGGCUCCUUCACCGGACCUGGACAACAGGCCAUGUUGGUGUUGUCCGUUCCUUCUUAUGGGAUGAGUCUAAUAAUGUCUUGUUGACUGGUGGAGAGGAUUCGAAGAUCAAUGUUUGGUCAAGUCCGCCUCUAGCUGCACCAUGUGACACGCCAACAGGGAGCAAGCGGGACAACGAUUCUGAUGCUAUGGAGGUAGACGAAGGAAGCCCGGUCCACAAGAAAAGACGAGCUUUACCUCACUUGCAUCUUCCAUUUCCUGGGGUAUAAAAGUAUCAAUACAUUAUCUGUACAUUGCCAUGUAUGACAUUCCAAAUCUAUUCUACAUCCUGAAUACUCCG